CACUAGCCCUGUGAUUGGUUGGAGUCGCAGACAGUCUACGGCUACUUCCUGGAUGAGAUCAUGGCUGCGACUGAACGACUAAAUAAUACAUUUUAAAACUGCUUUUGAGUCAAGCAAGCUGUAACAACGGGUGAUGCUGUGCUACAUUUAAACACUGUUUUAUUUUUUCUCGAUACAUUUAGCUGUCGAACAUAAAAGCGUCUCGUGUAGAUCGUUGUCGCUCUGGAUAAGAGCGUCUGCUAAAUGACUUAAAUGUAAAUGUUGCUUGUCUACAUAUAGCCUACUGUUGGAUCUCAAAGUUGCUGUUGUUGAAUAGCUGCUACAAUGUAACAAGAAGUCAACAUCUCCCAGCGUCCUCCCCUUACACGUCAAAGUGAGGUGAUACCUUGUAGCAUGAUGUCAGUCUAAUUUUUUUGACAAACAACCCGAAAGUUAGUGUAGUCCAAGUUGUGACUCCACUUGUGGUUUCUCUGAAUUAUAUCGAUUCGUCAUCAAAUUUCACUGUCUUUCAGAUAGUGUUGAAUUGAUAGAACGCAAUGGAUAAUGGACGACAAAGCCGUGUUUCACGGCCUCAACAGAUAAUUGAGUCAUCCAAGGUGUACCGUUGGGCUGAGCAAGCUGACUUCCUCCUGCAGGGUCUGAAUGAGCAGCGUCAGCACGGCCAGCUGUGUGACAUGGUGCUGGUGGCUGAUGAGCAGCGUAUCCCAGCCCACCGCGCCCUGCUGGCUGUUUCCAGCCCUUACUUCCAGGCCAUGUUCACCCUGGGCAUGAGGGAGGAGCGUCAGGCAGAGGUGGAGCUGGUGGGGGCUUCCUACAUCGGCCUUAAGGCUGUGGUGGACUUCCUCUACAGUGGGGAGCUGCCUCUGGAUGGAGGGAACAUUGACUAUGUUCUGGAGACAGCCCACCUGCUGCAGGUGUGGAGGGCAGUGGACUUCUGCUGCCAGUACCUAGAGAAGGAGGUGAGUGAGGAGAACUAUCUAUACCUGCAGGAGCUGGCUCUGCUCUACAGCCUGGAGAGACUAGACACCUACAUUGACCACUUCAUCCUGGAACGCUUUGCGACCCUCUCCUUCACACCAGGCUUCCUGAGGGAUGUCCGGCUGCCCAAGCUCAGCUCCUACCUGGCCAGCGGGCAGGUCCAGCAUGAGAAUGAGCAGGCUCUGCUCCAGGCUGCUCUCCAGUGGCUGAGCCACAUGCCUGACCGCCCUGCACACGCCCGCCAGCUGCUCUCCCACAUACGCUUCCCCCUAAUGCCAGCCAGUGAUCUGGUGGGGCGCGUCCUCCCGGCCGUACAGGCCCUGCUGCCCCCGGAGGCUGACUGUGAGGUGCUGGUGGAGGAGGCUCUGAACUACCACAACAGGGCCAGCGCCCAGCCCGGGCUGCAGACAGGCCGCACCAUGCUGCGAGGAGGGGAGGAGCGCCUCCUACUGGUGGGUGGGGAAGUGUCAGAGCGCGGGGAGGAGCUGACUGCAGAUGUUAGCUGGCUGGAUGGAGACUCUGGUGAAUGGAUGGUAGAGACCCAGAUCCCGGCACAGAGGAGCCACCACUGUGUCGCUGUACUGGGGGGGUUCAUCUUCACAGCUGGAGGCAGCUCAUCACGAGAUAAUGGAGGUGAUGCUGCCAGCAACCUUCUGUACCGCUACAACCCCCGUGACAACCAGUGGAUCAAGGUAAAGCCAAAGAUACUGAGUGCCCCAAUGAAUCAGCGGCGUGUGGAUUUCUACCUGGGAGCCGUUGGGGAGUGUCUGAUCGCUGUGGGAGGGCGUAAUGAUAAUGGGGCUCUGUCGUCAGUGGAGGUGUACAGCCCUGCAGACGACUGCUGGACAUACGUAGCAGGACUGCCCAGGUUCACCUAUGGCCAUGCAGGCACAUCUGAUAAAGGAGUGGUCUAUAUCUCAGGUGGCCAUGACUACCAGAUUGGACCGUACCGGCGAGACGUGUUGAGCUACGACCCCCGAGGAGGAGACAUCUGGGUGGAGCGCCAGGCCAUGUCAUCGGCACGAGGGUGGCACUGCAUGACGUCACUUCACCACCUCAUCUAUGCAGUCGGGGGCAGUGAUGACCACGAGGAGAGCAUUGAUCGUUUUGACAUCCUGGCAGUGGAGGCAUUUGACCCCCAGAGUGAACAGUGGACCCGUAUAGCCCCCCUCCUCCAGCCUAACAGUGAGGCGGGCUGUGGGGUCUGGGGGGGUAAGAUCUAUGUGCUGGGAGGCUACAGCUGGGAGAGCAUGGUGUUCUCACAGGCCACACAGGUGUUUGACCCUGACAAGGGCCAGUGGGUGCGGGGACCAGACCUGCCAAAACGCAUCGCAGGGGCUUCAGCCUGUGUGUGCUCAGUGAGACCCCAGCCCUGCAGCCCAGACAGGAAGAGGGCAGGACACAAGGGGAAAGGCAGGCAUCACCCCACCCAACCCAACUAAAGAGGAUACAGAGGACUGCAGGGGAUUUGCUCAGUAUUACAAUUAAAGCAUAAUCAAUGUGUUCUAACCUAAAUGUUUUGUUUGAAUUAUGAAUUAAGAACUACAGUUCCAUCAGAAUCAGGCAGAAAGGGCAGUGUUGACACACUUAUUCAAAUCAAGACAGCAAAAAAACAACUGCAACAUCUGUUCUUUACCUUAAGUGCUACGUUUUCAUUUAUCAUCAAAGUGUCACCUUACAGGGAAACAAUUAACACUGGUAGACGACCAUUUGCAGGUGUAUGCUGCUGAUGUUGAUGAGGAGCUGGAUAGUAGUCUGGCCUUGUUAACAUCAGGUUGAGAAGCAGUUAUCUUAUCCCCAAGUGACUUCUCUUGUCUCAAAUGGCUGAUCCUCAGGGACUGUCAUUGGAUGAUGCUUCAAUCUGAAGAACCAAAACAUAGCAUUAUGUCAGGGUAGGAGCAGUUGUCCUCUACAUGGAAUUAUUGAUGUGUAGAAGAGCAUUAAGUAUUUGUUUAAGGAAGGGUGAACCCUGUCUCACGUGUCUGAUGCAGGACUUCUAGCCUCAAUCCAGUCCUUUCAGUGUCCUCAGAAGUCAAAGAUCUGCAGACAACACACUUCCCAUUUGACUUCUCACUGCACCCUUUUUCAAUGAUUGUCAGAAUUAAUACAUCUCCAUAGAUUUAUGUAGUGACUUAGUGUGUGUGAAAGUUUAGUUAAUAACAAUAUUGAUCUACCAAGACAUUGACCUGACAUUGAUCAAACUAUAGCACAUAGACUGAUUCCUAUUUUAAUCAGUCAUAUUGCUCAAACUGAACUUGAUAUGAACUCUUAGUAUGAUUCAGCAAGAGCCAUAUGUAGGUCAAAUAAGGAAAUAUAAUCUAUAUUGGGUUAGAGAAACUCUUGGGGAUCAAUGCAAUGCACUGCUGCAUAUGAUCCCUCAGCACCACCUGAAACCACACACACACAGAUUUGGGUUUCUACCAGAACUCUAUUCUAACCUGAGCAGGGGUCCGUUGGUGCUUCAGCAGCUUCUCUGGAUCAGUGUCUCCACAGUGACUGCAGGAAGUAUUGACACAAUCAACUUUUGAAACGUAGAGAGGGAUGAUUACUGAGUGUCAAAAAGUGCAGGAUAGAGUCAUAUAGUGCAGGAUCAUAGUAAAGUUGCUACUGUAGGGGAGAAUGGGGUGAAGUUAAGCCUCUCUUGUUUCUGGGAAACCGAAAUGUAUAAUUUGACCAAUAUUUAAGAAGAGGUCAUCAUUUCAUGGGGUUUGAAGGAAGAAACUACAUGGAAUAAGUUGUAAGCAAGUUAAAUUUAAAAAAUAUGUAUUGUGUUAAGAGAUUUCAUGAUGCUUGUAUCUAAAUCAAUUAGAUAGUUUUAAGAUUGUUCUAUCCAUAAAUAUGAGGCCCUAAACCUAGCUUGAAAGUGCAUCCUUGUAGCUGUGUGGGCUAAUAUAGUCAAAAUGUUUGCCUUGGCGUAAGUUGAGCCAAUUGAAAGUUGAGCAAAUUGAAGUGAUUUCUUCCCAGGCGUAAUGCAAGGCAUUAUCGCUAGGAUAUGAGGUAACAACAGGGCCUGGCAUAUGUUGAAAGUGUUUUUUAAAAAGUACAAAGUGUUUGUUAGGUGUUAAGCCUGUGUUCAAAGAUGCUCAAAAUGAUUCAAAUACAAAAAAAGUGACUGUGAUUGUGUUGAAUUGUGUUUGGGAAAUAAAGAUAGACAUGGUUUUAAAAAGAA